AUGGCGAAUUUGGUACGUCGCGCAGCCUCUCGGCUGGUCGGUGACUGCAUCAGAAAUCGCUCUUCCGUUUACUCAUUCCUGGACCAGUCGGCGGCCGCUCACGGCCGCCUACGACAUCUGACGGCGUCAUUUUCUCGUUAUACCACCUCUACCAGAAAGAGAAAUUCCUCAACCGAUCCGCUUCUCCGAGUGAUCGAAACAGAGAUUGGAUUCGCCGAGCAAGCUGAUGAUUACGAUCGGGUUGAAGAAACUCCAAGUGGUUUCCCUUUCAAAAUGGAGGACAAACCAGGAGGAAAGACCGUGACAUUGACUAGGGAUUACGAAGGAGAGACUGUUAUAAUUGAAGUGCACAUGACUAAUCUUGUGACUGGUGAUAAAGAAGAUGAUGAAGAUGACGAAGACGAGGAAGAGAAUGAAGAAGAAGAACAUGAGGAUAAGCCAGAGAAGCCAAAGCAAACGAAUGUGCCUCUCUUGGUAACUCUUUCCAAGAAGACAGGACCGAGUUUGGAGUUCCGAUGUACUGCUUUUCCAGACAGGAUUGCAAUCAAGGACAUGUGGGUUACAUUUCCUGAUGAUCCAUCCAAGGAUGAGCUUGCCUAUGAAGGCCCUUCCUUCAGGGUUUUGGAUGAAAAGCUGAGGAAGGCUUUCCAUAGGUACAUCGAGAUUAGAGGGAUAAAGCCGAGCAUGAUCAACUUCUUGCACGAGUAUAUGAUCAACAAAGAUAGUAAAGAGCACUUACAUUGGUUGAAAACUCUCAGGAACUUUGUCAAAUCUUGA